AUGAGAGAGCACGACGUCGGUGGCGCGCAGUUCAUCCUCGAGCCGUCGGGCAGGAAUGUCGUCGGCUCAAGAUACGCUGUGACCGUAAAGUGCGUUGGCCUGAUGGCCGUGGAGGUUGGAAGGAUGCGUGGAUUGACAGAACUGCAGAUCCCUUGCGAGGCGUGUAUCAAGAGGGGGUGCUCGGCCAUCUGUCCGGACGGAUCCCUCGUGGUCGACAAGAACAACCGGUACAUACUCCCCUCUCCUCUGACGAACACAGAUUUGACACCUACACGCCCCAGCCUCGUUCUCGCCAAUACCGAAGAGCUUCACGACGAGAUCGACCGGCUGCGCGUGCGCCUGCUCGAAGUCGAGCAAGAACUCCGCCUAGCCAAGGAGAAAGAGAAAGAGACGUCGCGUUCGCCGCACAGGAGCACGGACAGCUCCGCGGGCUCGUCCCCGCUCACGGGUCUCGAUGCGGGCUCGCCGCCCAGCACGUCCAGCCUGUGUGGGCAGGAGGGAUUGACGGAGGAGGAGGAGGAGAGCUUUAUUGAUGCGUUCGGCUCGUUGACGAUUGGGCCGAGGGGAGAGACAAAGUUCUUCGGGAAAACCGCGCGGUCAGAGUUCCUCAUCCACGCCAAUGUCCGCCGCCCGUACUUCAACACCGAGUUCCCCGCCCUCUCGAAAGCGCUGCUUGACGCGUCUACGUCCGCGCCGCAGUGCUACCGCCGCUCGAUCGCGUGCGAGGAGCCCGUGCGGCGCGAGCUGCUCCAGGCGCUCCCGCCGCUCAGCGAGGCGUGCCGGCUGUGUGAGAUCUUCCUGGAGCACGGGCGGUAUAUGUAUUGUCCACUCCCGAGGGAAGAGGUGUUCGACGAGAUCCUGAGCAGCGUCUACCGCGCGGGCCUCCCGACCCUCGACGCGCCCGACGCCGUCGCGCUGCUCUUCAUCCUGCUCGCGCACGCGACGUACGCGGACCCCGCGCGCGCGCCGUACGCGUCCGCGUCGGACGACUUUUACAUCCUCUCGCGCGUCGCGCUCAAUUUGAUGCCGCCGCUCAGGGAGACGACGGUGAUGUGGGUGCGCGCGUUCGCGUACCAGGCGCAGUACACGGAGCUGCGUGACUUCGAGGGGACAAGUAUGCCAUGGAUCGAUAUCAGCAACGCGUUCAAGUUCGGGCAGAGCAUCGGCUUGCAUUUGAAGAGCAGUAGGUGGAAGCUGGACGAGCAGACGGCGCGGAAGCGAAGUAGCCUGUUCUGGCAGCUGUUCGUGGCGGAUGCUUGGUUGAGCUUCAGCUUCGGCCGCCCGCCCGCGAUGGACAUGAGCUACCUCGAGUGCGACCUACCCCCGGACGAGGAGGAGACGCUCGACGCGAGCGGGAACAGACAAGUCGGGUUCCACCAGUGGGUCGUGCACUACUCGCUGAUGAUGCGCACGGUCGUGAUGCCCGCCGCGUUCGCGGCCAAGACGCCGCCGUACGCCGCGAUCCUGGACCUGGACAGGAAGGUGAGGGAGUUCUACGUGCCCGAGCGGCUGCGCCCCGUGUGCGUGCAGAUCGACCGCGCGACGCCGAUGUACGUGCAUAUGCAGCGGUGGAUGGUGCUGUCCUACCGGGAGAACACGCUGCUGCACCUGCACCGCGGGUACUUCGCGCAGGCGCUGCAAGACAGCCCGGACGAGCCGCUCAAGCACAAGUACGGCCUGUCCGCGAUCGCGGCGUACCGCUCCGCAUACCGGCUGAUCAAGUACUUCGACGAGCUGUUCGAGGAGUUUGCGUACCCCAUCGACCGCCUCAGCCUCGGGUGGUCGCAUAUGCUCACGGCGUCGAUUGUGAUGUGUUUGUUCAUUACGAGGUCGAGGGUGUCGAAGAUUACGAGGAGCGCGAUGGAGAUGCUGGAUGCAGCCCACUCAUUCUUCACUAGAGCGGCGGAGACUAGCAGGGCGGCUGCUCACAGUCUGGACGUGGUCCAGCGGCUCCACCGCCUCGCGCACAGCACACUGGACAACCUGCAGGGCGCCGACGCGGUCCUCCCGUGCUCGGAGCUUGACCGGCUGGGCGGGAAGACGACACUCACGGCGGACCCCGAGUCCCCGCCCGCGCAGCCGCAGCCCUCCCCUACCCCAAGCCAGUUCCAGUUCCUCGAGAGCCUCCCGGGGAACACGCACCCGACGAUCAUGCGCGACAUGAUGGCGUUCGAGGGCGCCGCGGAGGAGGUCAGGCCGCCGCAGAGUAUGUUUGACUUCCCGCCCGUGAGCGUGCAGCCGCCGCCGCUACCGGUGUGGGACUUUGGCGGUGGGUUUGAGUGGGCGCAGUUUGGGAAUGGGGUGGAGGGGGCGGGAGCGGGAGGGGUGCCCGUCGCGCCGCCGGUUCCGGAUGUACCGGAGGAGCAGCCGUUGGUGCUGGAUUCGACGUGGCAGAGUUUCGUGGAGCAGUUGGGGAUUGAGCAGAUUUGA